GAAAAUGAAAUAUGAUGAUGGCUCUUAAUAUGAUGGGGAAUGGAUAAAUGACAAAAUAUAUGGUUAAGGGGAAUUUAUAUUAGCUGAAGGUGAAAGACAUUUUGGUAAAUGGAUUUUUGAUCAAUAACAAUGA